AUGCUCAUUAGACGAUUGUUGGGUGGUUUCUCUCGUCCCUCGGUGAGACAAUUCUCCGUUGGUCCAUUUUUGAAGCAACAGGAACAACAACAAAUUGCAAAAUUUCCCAAUAGAACUAUCCCAAAAUUGGCUACUUUCUACUCGGCAAAUCCCCUUCAUGAGAACCAUGUUGAUCGUUUGGAGAGUCUGCUUAGGAAAUACGUGAAGUUGCCCGUUCUUUCCGCAGCUCAACAACAAGAACAAAGACCAGCUUGGAUUUCCUUUGAUGAAUACGCACUAUUUGGUGGGGGUAGUCGAUUGAAACCAAUCCAGUAUCAGGAGUUACUUACGUUACUGAAUAAAUUACAUGGCAUAGAUCCUCAAUUGACAAAUGAUGAGAUUAAAUCAGAAUUAGCACAAUUUUACAAAAAGACAAAGAUACAAUCUGUUCAAAAUUCUUUGAAAGAGUUGGAUGAGUUUGGUAGAAGUAUAGCUAUCGGUAGAAGAAAGACUUCUGUGGCUAAAGUUCAAGUCGUUAGGGGUAUCGGAGAAAUCCUAGUGAAUGGUCGUCAAUUGAACGAUUAUUUCGUCAAAUUGAAGGAUCGUGAAUCUAUUCUGUAUCCUCUACAAGUCCUAGACGCUGCUGGGAAAUACAACAUCUUCGCCACAACAUCUGGUGGAGGAGCUACGGGACAGGCUGAGGCUAUCAUGCUGGCAGUUGCUAAGGCACUUGUAACUUUCAACCCUCUAUUAAAGCCUAGAUUACGCAAGGCAGGCGUCAUUACAAGAGAUUACAGACAUGUCGAAAGAAAGAAACCUGGUAAGAAGAAGGCAAGAAAGAUGCCAACAUGGGUCAAGAGAUAG